CCAAGAAUUACAAUACAUAACCAUAAUUGAUCCAAAGUCUGCAAUAACAACCUUCACAGAUGAGUUGGCGAAGACACGACCAAAAACUCCAAGCAACAAAGUUAAAGCUCGAUCUUCUCCAAUGGCGGCAACGUACUUACAAAAUCUCUUGCAAUAUUGCGCAAGAAACAGUUUAAUUGCGGAAGGGAAGGCAUGCCAUGCUCAAAUCAUCCGAUCUGCUUCAUGGGUUGACACUCUAACAUCAAACAUGAUCAUCAACAUGUACUGCAAAUGCGCCCUUCUCGAUACUGCUCGUAAGGUGUUCGACAAAAUGCCUGAAAGAAGCUUAGUUUCUUGGAACACCGUAAUCGGGGCGUAUACCCAGAACGGUAGAUCAGAUGAAGCACUAUCCCUCUUUGUAGGAAUGCAAAGAGAAGAGUGCCCUAUGAGUGAAUUUACUGUCUCGAGUGUCCUUUGUGCUUGUGCUGCGAAAUCUGCAAUUUUCGAGUGCAGACAACUGCAUACUUUUGCUGUUAAGAAUGGGAUGGAUAGUAAUGUCUAUGUUGGAACUGCUCUGAUUGAUGUUUACUCGAAAUGUGGGUUUAUGAAGGAGGCGUCGUGGGUUUUCGAGAGCUUAGAGGAGAAGAGUGACGUCACAUGGAGCUCAAUGAUGGCAGGUUAUGCGCGAAACGAGCUGUAUGAAGAAGCUUUGAGAUUGUAUCAUAGAGGGCAAAUGGUUGGAAUUGAGCAAAACAAGUUUACCCUUUCUUCUAUACUUUCUGCUUGUGCAGGGUUAGGUGGUUUGAGUGAGGGAAACCAAGUUCAUGCUACUCUGGUUAAGGCUGGAUUUGGUGCAAGCAUUUUUGUAGCUUCCUCUCUUAUAGACAUGUACGCGAAAUGUGGAGCCAUUAAAGAAGCUUACACUGUGUUUUCUGAUCAAGAAAUCAGGAACAGGAACGUUGUUUUAUGGAAUGCAAUGAUCUCUGGUUUUUCUAGACAUGGAAGAUGUUUAGAAGGGAUGAUUCUGUUUGAGAAGAUGAAGCAGACGGGUUUUUCCCCGAAUGAAGUGACAUAUCUCUCGAUCCUAUCUGCUUGUGGCCAUAUGGGGUUAGUUGAAGAAGGAAGAAAGUACUUUAAUCUUAUGGUAAGAGAACACAACAUUACACAAAGUGUUCUUCAUUAUUCUUGCUUGGUUGACAUUUUUGGCCGUGCUGGGUUCAUUCAAGAUGCAUAUGAUGUGAUAAAAACCAUGCCAUUUGAAGCAACUGCAUCUAUGUGGGGUUCCCUAUUAGCAUCUUGUAGAAAUUUCAAGAAUCUCGAGUUAGCCGAGGUGGCAGCUAAGCACUUGUUUGAGCUUGAACCUAGCAAUGGUGGUAACCAUGUAUUGCUUUCCAACAUAUAUGCAGCAAAUAAAAACUGGGAAAAAGUUGCUGAAUCGCGGCAGCUACUCAAGGAGAGUGAAGCUGUUAAGGAUAGAGGUAAGAGUUGGAUUGAGAUUAAAGGAAAAGUACAUAAGUUUAUGGUUGGAGAAAGAGAACAUCCUAAAAUUACAGAGAUUUAUUUGAAAUUGGAUAAACUAAUGGAAGAAAUGGAGAGGUUAGAUUAUAAAGUGGAGAUGGAGAAUGACCUUCAUGAUGUUGAUGAGAAUAAUAAAGUGAUGUUGCUGAGACACCAUAGUGAGAAGCUUGCUUUCACUUUUGGGGUCAUUAGUUUGCCUGCUGGUGCACCUGUUAGGAUCAUGAAGAACUUGAGAAUUUGUGGGGAUUGUCAUAAUUUUAUGAAGUUUGCUUCAACCAUUACAAAGAGGGAGAUUAUAGUUAGGGACUUGAAUAGAUUUCACCAUUUCAGUAAUGGCAGUUGUUCCUGUGGGGAUUUUUGGUGACUGAUCAUACAGCCAGCUUUAAUGCUACAUAUUAAGGUUGUGUUUGGAAAAAUUAACUGAAAUAGAACUGAAAAACUGAAACUAGAAAGGUUGUGACAGAAACUGAUAAGCUACCUGAUUAGAUAAAUUGUUUGGUAGAAUUAAUGGAUUAUGGAGCUGAAAUUUA